AUGUCUAAUUCUGAACCAACUGCUAAUGCCACCGCUUCACCCUCACCCUCAAGUGAAGCUUUAAUAACUUCCUCACAAGCUAAUACAAAGACGGCAAAAAGACCUAUUCCACAUUUCAACAUUUCCUUUCCCUAUGCAGCACAACCAGAUAUCAUUAGAGCAAAUCAAAAAGAUGUGUACUAUCAAAGGGUACUCGAGGAGCAAAUAACAAAUAUAUUUCGACAAUUUUUCGGGACAAGAAGGCAACAUCAGUAUCAAAAAGAAGUGGUAUUAAUCUCUGAUUCAUUCUAUUACUGCCUGACAACAUUAUUGGGAACGCAGACCUUGGGCGAGGAAUAUUGCGAUAUCUUGCAAAUAUCCGAGUCGACCGGCAAGUUUCCAAUUGUUCAAAAACGUGCAUGGCUCAUAUUUUGGCACGUGAUACUUCCGUACUUAUAUAAUCGAGGUACCGUGGAACUUCGUAGACUCACGAAACCUACAUGGCGUGAAAUGGCAGACGAGAAAAUUGGCAAGACUAGUAAUCGUACUACACUUCGUAAAUUUGUUCAUAAAUUGUUACCGAAAAUACAGCAAUUUUUUACCACUCAUGUGCACACCUUCCACUUAGCAAUUUUCUACUUUUUUGGGGCUUAUUAUGGGUUUUCGAAACGUAUUACCGGGAUUCGAUAUAUUUUUACACGACAAUUGGCUCUGCAUGAACGGCGGAUCGGAUAUGAAGUACUUGGAUUUUUGCUUGUAAUUCAACUCUUGAUCCAAUCUUAUCAAUAUCAAAAAGUCCUUCAAUGGGUUUGUCACCCGAAGAGAUUCAAGCGCGAAAAUGUACGCUUUGUCUCUCUCCUCGGACAAAUACAACAGCCACGGGAUGCGGACAUUUAUUUUGUUGGUCAUGCAUCACAGAGUGGUGUCAGAAUAAGCCUGAAUGUCCAUUGUGUCGACAGCAAAACUUUGUUAAAAAUAGUUCUUGAUUAG